CGGCCUCCAAGAUCUUCUUGCGCCUUAGAACACACUUCUUCUUCGCCCCCUCGCCGCCGCCAUGUCGGGCUUCGUGCGCCGCCUGUCCGCCAUCCCGUGGCGGCACAUCGCCGGCGAGGCCCUAUCCCGCGCGUUCCUGGUCGCGCAGGCCUUCUGCGCCGUCCACUUCGUCGACCACCACGUCUGCUCGCUCGCCUUCGUGCGGGGCCCGAGCAUGCUGCCGGCGAUGAACCUGGCGGGCGACGUGGUGGCGGUGGACAGGGUGAGCGUGCAGCUCGGCCGCGUGUCCCGCGGAGACGUCGUGCUGCUGAUCUCCCCCGAGGACCCGCGCAAGGCGGUCGCCAAGCGCGUGCUCGGGAUGGAGGGCGACGCCGUCACCUACCUCGUCGACCCCGGGAGCUGCGACGCCUCCAAGACCGUCGUGGUACCACAAGGUCAUGUUUGGGUGCAGGGUGAUAAUAUUUAUGAUUCUAGGGAUUCAAGGCAAUUUGGAGCUGUGCCUUAUGGUCUCAUUACAGGGAAGAUCUUUUGUCGGGUUUGGCCACUGGAGGGUUUCGGUUCUAUUGAUUCACAAGAGUAGCUUGAUAGAGCACCAGAAAUCAUCAAGUCAGAGAUGUACCCAUAUUAUUGCACAUGUCAAGAGAUUUAUACGCAACAACGGGCCCUGCAAUUCAGAUGCAUUACACCUGUCAUGGCACAUUUUUACAGCGAAGCAGAGUGUAUCGUGAUGUUCAUCAUUUGAUUUUUAGUCUGUAACAAUUUUGGUUCUCGCCCUCCUGAAAUACCAAUCAGCUUAUGUUCUGAUACAAA